GACAGUAGCAGUUCCGACAGGGAAGCGAAGGAGCUCUUUCUCGCUUUCACUGGCACUUGGCACUCGAAGUUAACAGCAGAUUGGAAAUUGCUAGGAUCUUAGCAAGCAGCUUCUAGCUGUGUGUGUGUUCGUGCAGAGGGAACUCUCAGCCGAUCAAGAUCCCGCACUCAGGACGAGGAGCAGCAGACACCAGAGAUCCCAGGCCGGGACUCCCUCUCUUUCCCAGACGCUCACCGCCGUGACGGCGUCACCCGAGGCACGUGGGACCUGCGCGCUGGGAACGGCCUGAACGAAUUUGCCACCGACUCCUGCUGGCUGCAAAGGGGACUGGACAGCUCUCCUUGGGGUGAUAUCUGACUCGGUUGUGUUUGUGUGAGACAUCCUUGGGGAGGCAAGAGAGGGCGGUGUGUGCCUUUCGGGAGAGGAUUUAAAAGCAGGGCGGGAGUGUUACUAAAUUAAAAGCCCCGGGUAACCACUAGGGCUUUAUCACUAGCUCUGUUGCAUUGCUGCUUGGUUUAGCCUGUUCACGCCACAGGUACCAUGCAGCUGGAUAGCAUCACCAAUGGGAGCGUCCACACCUUCCAGGGGCACCGCGGAGUAGCCAAUAAGCCCAACGUGAUCCUGCAGAUAGGGAAGUGCAGGGCUGAGAUGCUGGAGCAUGUCAGGAGGACCCACCGGCACCUCCUCACGGAGGUGUCCAAGCAGGUGGAGCGGGAGCUGAAAGGCUUGCAGAAAUCAGUGGGGAAGCUAGAGAAUAACCUGGAGGACCAUGUCCCAUCCACGGACAACCAGAGGUGGAAAAAGUCCAUCAAGGCCUGCCUGGCCAGAUGCCAGGAGACUAUUGCCCACCUGGAGAGGUGGGUUAAGAGGGAGAUGAAUGUCUGGAGGGAGGUGUUCUUCCGCCUGGAGAAAUGGGCAGACCGGUUGGAGUCUAUGGGGGGCAAAUAUGGCCCCACGGACCAUGCCAGGCAGACUGUCUCCGUCGGGGUGGGCGGCCCGGAGAGCAGGGGCAAUGACGGGGAGAUUUACGAUUAUGCCCUUGACAUGAGCCAGAUGUAUGCACUGACUCCCUCUCCCGGGGAGAUAACUAGCAUGCCCCAGCCCCACGACUCCUACCAGUGGAUCACUGCCCCGGAGGACGCUCCGGCCUCCCCAGUGGAGACCCAGAUCUUUGAGGACCCCCGGGAGUUCUUGAGCCACUUAGAGGAAUAUUUGAAGCAGGUGGGAGGGACUGAGGAGUACUGGCUCUCUCAGAUCCAAAACCACAUGAACGGCCCAGCUAAAAAGUGGUGGGAAUACAAGCAGGACUCGGUCAAGAACUGGGUGGAGUUCAAGAAGGAGUUCCUGCAGUAUAGCGAGGGCACUUUGACCAGGGAUGCCAUCAAACGGGAGCUGGAUCUACCCCAGAAGCAGGGGGAACCCCUGGACGAGUUCCUCUGGCGUAAGAGAGACCUGUAUCAGACACUCUACACUGAUGCAGAGGAGGAGGAAAUUAUCCAGUAUGUGGUAGGCACCCUCCGGCCCAAAUUCAAGCGCUUCCUGAGUCACCCCUUGCCCAAGACCUUAGAGCAGUUGAUCCAGAGGGGGAAGGAAGUCCUAAGUGACUUUGACCAGUCAGAAGAGCCGACCCCGCAGAGAACCCCAGAGCAUCAGCCAGGGGACUCGGUUAGUAGCUUGCCACCUUCAACCACAGCUAGUCCCAUUGCCAGCGAUGAGACACAACCCGAGCCCCCUACCCCACCAGCUACGGUGAUAUGAGCUAGUACAAGUACGGGAUUGGCCUGUAUUAUACAAAGGUGUGGAGGGGGCUGAUUUAGGAAGCUUCUCCUUAGUGAGAGGUUCUGGCUGUGACCAGUCAUGGCUGGACUCAGUCCAAUGGCCCUCGGCAGAGGAAUGAACUUUGUUUACGGAUGGGCCACGUGAGAACGUAGCUGCCUGCCUCACCCAAGUCAUGUGACAGGGGUGGGGGCAAGUCUGAGGAUACAAUUUUAACCACUGUGGGGUGGACAGUUUUAUGAUACUCUCGGCAGGAAGCUAGACAGUUCCCCCCUGCAGAGGCAGCCACCCUAUGCUGGCGCCUUUCAAGGACUUCAGACAGGUGCAGCUAUUGACCAAGAGUUCCCACCUACCCACCAGUCUCGUAUCCUCUGGAGAGGGGUCCCCUUCCUCA